GUCGGUUUGGCCACAUCUGCCGCCUUCGUCGCACUCAACCACUACUUCUCGAAGAAACGUGGUCAGGCUGUCGGCCUUUCAAUGGCUGGCACAGCUCUCGGAAUGCUCAUCAUGCCCCAGCUAGUACGCUUUCUAUUGGAAACGUACGACUUUCGGGGCGCGGUCCUGCUACUCAGCGGCCUGGCCUUGCACGCCGCCGUCGGGGCUACCCUACUGCAACCCAUCAAGUGGCACCUGAUAGAGGAAGAGGUCGACAUCGAGAUGGUGGAAGCGCCCGCCAUGGGUAUCAUCCUGGAACAGGAAGACGACGGCGACAACGACAGUCUUCCGGAGAUCAAGACUCUACUGUUUCCGCGUCGGGACCGGAAACUAUCGGAGAAUUGUCCAUCGCCGCAACCGAACGGGUUACCGAAGCGGCCCACGUUCCCUCGGAUAACGUCCAGCGUGAGCGUCCAGGCUGCGCCGAUGGUUGGUGGUAUGCGAACGAGACCCUCGUUUCCACGGAUCACAUCGACGGCCAGCAUGAGCUUGGCGCUGAGGAAGCGACGGGAAUCGGUUGUCUCGAGGCUUUCGGCGCUCGAUUUCACCGGCAGCGGCAGUUGUAUGCACAUUCACGUGGAUACGGGCGACGCCGACGCGGAGGAUGUCGACUACGAAAUCAUUCGGCGCGUAAAUACGCACGUCGGUUCGUUCGCACGUGCUCCCAAGCGCAUCGACACGGUCAAAUCGGAACUGGGGCUGGAGAUGGUAAAACCGAAAGUGUCCUUUCUGCAACGAUUCACCGCACUGAUGGAUGUGGGCCUGCUGCGGGAUGUGAUCUAUUUGAACAUCUUGUUUGGGCUGUCGAUUUUCUACGUGGCGGAGAUGAACUUUAAAAUGGUGACGCCGUUCUUUCUGUCCAGUUUGGGUUUCAGCAAGGCGGAAACGGCGUACUUUUUGUCGGUGUCGGCACUGACGGAUAUUGCGGCGCGUAUUAUUGUGCCACCGAUCGGCGAUAAGCUGAAGAUACGGAAGCGGUUGCUGUUUUUGACGUCGUUGGUGUUUGUGGCUAUCACGAGAUCGAUUGUGGCCCACCAGCGAACCUACACCGAGCUGAUGGUAUGGCUGUCGAUCACUGGAUUCUUCCGUGGCGUCGCGCUGGCCAACUUCACCCUGUGCGUGUCAGAGUACUCGUCGCUGGAAAAACUUCCGGCCGCCUUCGGGUGGCACAUGGUCGGCAAGGGGGUGUUUGUGAUUGCAUUCGGGCCCCUAAUUGGAGCGAUUCGCGACUGGACCGACAGCUAUCCGAUCUGUAUCCACGCGCAGUCGGUGUGCAUUUUUCUGUGCGUAUUUGCCUGGCUGAUCGAGUUCGCCAUCAAGCGGUUUCGCACCAAGAAGGUAGUGGAAGCCAAUCCAAGUAUGGCGGCGUAGGUGUAUGGCCGGAGAUGAACCAUAGUUGCCUAGCGGAAGAUGUAUUUUUACAAUAAUGGAGAAUUAUCGAACGAACGUUGAUGUUUGCUGUUUAGGAACAAAUUUUCCUAUUUUCUAGGUGAAACUAAACAUUAUCGAGUAAGCAUAAGACUGCGAUAUACAUUUAGACAAGGUACACCCCAUAUUUGUUUAUACCAACGAAGUUUUAGCAAACAAUAUAACGCGGUCGUACGGUAAAGUAUAACAAACAAGUACUUACAGAAACGCGUGAAACAGAGGUAUCAACGUCAACUUUUAAAAGUAUGAGAACAGUAUUAGGUGAAAUAAAACUACUACAUACUAAUGUUACUCAAAUACAUCUAUUCGAACUGGCGAGUACUGAAAUUGAGCGAGCCUUAUAGAGCUUAACCUGAUGAUUAUUAGGAGAGAAAUAAAAUAUUACAGAAAUCCUAACGAAGACGGGAGCUGUGUUGUUUCGGAUAGGUUUUAUCCAUGUUAAGUGAAGGACGACGAAUAGCAGUCGUAACUAUAAGCGCCAUCUUCUGGUAAAGAUGAUUUCAUAGCGUAUACUUAUAGGAGUUUUAUGUUAGACGAAAUAGAUUGUUAACCGAUUAUCAAAAAAACCGCGCGUAGGACGUAGGACAUCAGAACAAUAUUCUAAAUGUUAGGUAAAUUUAGUGGAACACAGAGUUACGGGAGAAUCUCGAAGGGGUUUCACAUACACCAGUGUGUAUAUGGUUAAGAUGAAAGUGAUGCCACAGUGCUAAAUAAAAUGAUAAUAAAUUAUGCGUACGGGAGAAAUGCUAUAUCAGUGUAUACUUGAA